AUGGGCAGACUCAUCAAGAACCACUGGGCACGCCUCAUCAUGAUGACGGCAGCAACUUACCAAGUCGCCGCCGCCCUCGAAGGCUUCUUCUGGCCCAAGAUAUUCUGGGACUUUGCCACCAAGAACCUCGACGGCGCCGUCAAGCCCAUCCCCGUCCUGCAAAUCAUCAACCUCCUCUUCGGCCUCGGCAUGCUCGCCCUCGAGUGGCCCCUCGGCGCCGUCGCCGGCACCAGCCUCCACCGCUCCCUCGAGUUCCGCCUCAUCUUCCUGCCCCUCACCAUCCUCACCUCGGUCCUCAUGUACCAGUCCACCAACCCGGCCAUCUACUACCUCAUCGGCCUGGGCGUGUACUUUUGGGCCUACAGCGAAGGCGAGAUAAUUUGUGCGAAACCUUGGACGCUGCCUCAGCGCUUACCACGCAACGGCCUCUCACGAGCAUAA